AUGAGGGGAAAAGACCAUGUCAGCGUCAUCAUUGGAGUUUAUGUUGAUGAUUUAAUUGUAACAGGGGAGGAUUUGGAGGCGAUCACAACAUUCAAGCAGCAGACGAUGGCUGAGUUCGAGAUGAGCGACCUCGGUCUGCUCAACUAUUACCUUGGGAAUGAGGUGGCACAAAGCGAAGACAAUAUCCAAAUCAAGCAAGUAGCCUAUGCCAAGAAGGUGUUAACUCAAUUUGGCAUGUUCGACUACAAUCCCACAAAACUCCCUAUGGAACUAAGGUCGCAACUACACAAGGAUCCCGAAGGACAGCCGGUGGAUGCAACAGAGUUUCGACGAGUCAUCGGAUGUCUAAGGUAUCUUCUCCACACAAGACCAGAUCUUUCGUAUGUUGUCGGUGUAGCUAGUAGAUUCAUGGAGAGACCGACAGUGAUGCACCACAAGGCAGUGAAGCAGAUUUUGUGA